AUUGCUACACAUCAUUUCCUCCACUUCUGUGUUCUCUCUCUCUUUCUCUCUCGCUCUCUCUUUCGCUCUCUGGCUCGCUCGCCAGUUGCUCUCACUGUUAGUUCUUUGUGUGAAUAGAUGGCCGCAAUGCAAUCUCUUGCGCUCUCUUCAACGAUUGCUAAUUGGUCGCAGAAGCGCCACCCAUUUGGUAGCGCUUCUCUUUCGCAAACCGUCUACCGGAGAUCCAGCUCCUCAUUCCAUGGAAGAACCUUCCAGAUUCCUGCUCCAAAGAGGUCCCAUAUAGUAGAAAGAUCUAACACAUCAAGACCUGUUACUAUGAUGGCCAAGCCUGCAAUUCAGUUUAUCCAAGGAACUGAUGAGCAGACAAUACCAGAUGUCAGUUUAACCAAAUCCAGGGAUGGUACAAAUGGUGUUGCCACGUUCAUCUUUGAUGAACCUUCUGUAUUUGAUUCCUCCAGUGAACUUGGAGAGAUUACUGGUUUCUACAUGAUUGAUGAGGAAGGUGUGCUCCAAUCAACCAAUGUGAACGCCAAAUUUGUGAAUGGGAAACCUUCAAAAAUUGAAGCUAAAUAUAUUAUGCGCACUCCUAGAGAUUGGGACAGGUUCAUGAGAUUUAUGGAGAGGUAUUCAAAUGCAAAUGGCUUGCAGUUCAUCAAGAAAUGAGGUACUGUACAUUUUUGAACUGUUUUCCUCUUAUUUGCCUUCCUGUACGAUUCUUGUAAGUUUCAGUUACUAUAAAAGUUUUGCUGAAUACUUUGUUAUAUUAUCAUUCCUUCCUUAAGUAACGAGUUCUUGGUAAUGAUUUCUCAUUUAUUGAACUUCAACUUGACAAAAAUUGGUAAAAGAUUUCUGAUGGAA